CUCGAGCGAUCAGUAUCGCCCGACGCUGACGGCACGGUACCGCGAGGACUCCAUCGCCGCCAGUACGACCGAGAUGGCCAUCAAAGACCUGGAGAAAUUCUACAAGGCACUGGACGGGCGGUGAAUCACUACCACAGAAAGAAGAUGGAUGAAGUUAACAAGACCAUUAAGGAGCUGUGGAUGAGAACUUAUAAAGGCAGAGAUAUAGAGCACAUUGAGAUAAGGUCGAGUGAGGAUGAAGAUGGGGCCGGCAUCGAGAAAUCACGCCGCACCUACAACUACCGAGUCAUCAUGUGGAGAAAUGGCGUUGCUUUAGACAUGAGGGGACGCUGCAGUGCCGGCCAGAAGGUUAGGGUGAUGUCUUUCCAUCGAGUUUACUCUUGUGUCCAUGGAGUAUGCUACUUUGAUGGACACCAUGGAAGUGGAUGGCAUGUAUCAAGCAAAUAUAAGUCGUGA